UUUGGAAAAAAAGUGCCUGGGUUCUUCUCCGCCGCCGCCUCUUCCAUCAGGAGUACAUUUAAUAUCAGAGACAGUACAAUCAUGGACCCGACCCGGGGAUUUAAAACCUUGGACACGGUGGCAUGCUCUGCUGCUCAGUGAGGAUGGAAAGAAAAUAAAGAGGAAUUUUAAGAAACAUAUCAGUUAGUGGUGUUGCAGCAGAAGGAUGCCGCUGGUGAAGCGCACCAUCGAGCCCAGGCACCUGUGCCACACGGUGCUGCCAAGAAACAUCAAGAACGAGCUGGAGUGUGUGACUAACAUCUCCUUGGCCAACGUCAUCCGCCAGCUCAGCAGCCUCAGUAAAUAUGCAGAAGACCUGUUCGGAGAGCUGUUCAACGAGGCGCACUCCUUCUCCUUCCGGGUCAACUCCCUGCAAGAGCGUGUGGACCGCCUCUCCAUCAGUGUCACACAGCUGGACCCCAAAGAGGAGGAAUUGUCUCUUCAGGAUAUUACCAUGAGAAAGGCUUUCAGGAGUUCCACUAUUCAGGACCAGCAGCUGUUCGACCGCACGUCGCUGCCCAUCCCACUGCAGGAGACCUUCCAGACCUGCGAGCAGCCGCCGCCCCUCAACAUCCUCACGCCCUACAGGGACGAUGGGAAGGAGGGUCUUAAGUUCUACACCAAUCCAUCCUACUUCUUUGACCUGUGGAGAGAGAAGAUGCUGCAGGACACGGAGGACAAGAGGAAGGAGAGGCGGAAACAGAAGUUGCAGGACCCCCGCAUGUAUGAUCAGGUCUAUAGGUACUUAGACCUUCCAGGGCAGCUGAAGGCGAUAGACCGUCCACAGGAGCCGGAGAAGGUACCGCGGGCGCCUCACGACCGUAAAAAGGAGUGGCAGAAACUGGCACUGGGUGCAGAGCUGGCCCAGGACAUACCUGAAGACAAACACAGAGAGGCCAACGGAUCUGCGGGUUACCACAACAACCGGGCUCCCUUGUACAUGGAGCAUUUGGACGGGCAUUUCUCGCUGGCGGCGCUGCCCUACAGCCAGAUGAACGAGCUGCUGAACCGUACCGGGGACAGAAUGUAUUCGCGGCCCCACGACCCUCCACCGCCACCUCCUCCCAUGCACCCACUGGGAGAGAUCAAGCCACCCUCUGUGAUCAGCUCCAGUUCGGGUUUUUCCGACAGCAGACCCCAGUCUCCAGCCCGGACAGCAGGCCUCAACUCCAACACUCCUCCUCCUCCGCCUCCCCCUCUUCCCCCUCCACCUCCUCCCUUGCCCUCCACAGGCCUGCGGGGUACCCCUCCUCCUCCAAUUCCUCCCCUGCCAGUCCAGCAGCAGCCCCCAGCCAUCCCGCCGCCCCCUGCUCCUCUCCAGAUCGCCCCAGGGGUGCUCCACCCGGCCCCUCCGCCCGUGGCGCCUCCCCUCCACUCCUCCUCCCCGGCCCGUCUCCAGCAGGUCCUGGACAAGGGCCCACCCAUGGGCUCUGGGACCCAGUCAGAUGGCACCAUCCUGCCUCCUCCCCCGCCGCCUCCCCCUCUGCCCCUCCCCGGAGCGCGGAGCUCCUCACCGUGUCCAUCAGGCCCGCCACCUGUGCCGGCCUUCCCCUCAGCAGGAGCCAUGGCCUCGCCGCCACCCCACGCCAUCCACGAUGUGGGGACCAAGAGGCACCAUCCAGCCAAUCUGCCGCCCAUCAGCGAUGCACGCAGUGUCCUGUUGGAGGCUAUCAGAAAAGGCAUACAGCUGCGAAAAGUGGAGGAGCAACGAGAGCAAGAGGCUAAACACGAGCGAGUUGGCAAUGAUGUGGCCACCAUCCUGUCACGCCGCAUCGCUGUGGAGUACUCCGACUCCGAGGACGAGUCUGAGUUUGACGAAGGAGACUGGAUGGAGUGAUGGAGAUGGAAAAAAGCAGCCGUGGCAGGAGAGGACAAACAUGUUCAGGUGCCCCCCACCCCCCAAAAAAAAAGCCUGCACUCCACACCUCGCCAUCAAAGAGUCCUUUCUAUUCCGGAAAGAAGAGGAACAUCAGUGUUUCCCACUUUUUCUCUGUCAAGCUUUUUUAUCUCAUCAUAUCUCUGUCUCGUUGUGGUUUGUGAUCAGACGAGUCUCCACGUCGCCCUCGUCCGUCUUUCUAGUGUUCCAAGUUCUUUGCAUUCAUUCUUUUCUGCACAACCACACAACCUUGUUUCAGCUGGAUUUCCUACAAUGGAAUCCCCCAUGUUUACUAUUGUUAUACAUGAAAAUAACUUUUUUGAAGAACCACUUGUUUUUGUUUUUCUUAUCUGUACAUCAAUAUUAAAAAAAAAGGAAAAAAAUGGAGGCAUGUUGCAUCUAUCUUUAGUUCUCCAACACAGUUUUGCCACCUGGUGGCUGAACAUGGCAUCGAAUGAAUGCUGUUUUAUUUUAUCGUCUUUCAUUUACCCUUUUCUGCUGAAACAUUUGCGGUUUUAAUAGGCCAGUAGUUGCCGAUAGUGACCUCUACACGAAUGGUCACUCAGUAUGAACACCAGCUGAGUCGUUUUUGUUUUCUCUCUCGUUAUCAGGACUGACUUUACCACUAAGAACAAGCAAAAGAUUGUGUUGGUAUGUCAUGUGAUGAUUGUUGUAUGGUUGAAAAUGAGGACGGGGAAGCAUAUGGCCGCCUUUGGCAACGUGUGUGCAUAUCCAUCCACUUACAUCUAACCUUUACCCCAGGGAAAUGUAUGCCAAGAGAUUGAGCUUUUUCGUCUGUCCAGGUUCUAAGGAACCACGAACGCUCAUGUUGACAUCAGGCAAUGUCUAAGAUAAACACUGAGCCAUGGGUUUUUAGUAUGAUGAGCUCGUUACGUUAUUUGCCACAGAUAUGGACACUGGAAGUGAUUAGAUGCUGUAGAUGUACAUCAGAUUUCCUGCCUCUCUUAUUGUCCCUGAUUAAUAUUCAGUGUGCCGAGGAAAAAUUUUGAGAAGGUACCCAUGAUAAGGUACAAACCACUCAAAACUACAGAAGGCAGCUUUUCCCUCAGAUCCCCCUUUACCGUGUACCUGCCCACUAACGAGAAGCCUUACCUCGUUUGGUUCUACAGCAGCAAAAGAAUAAAAUCUGCGUGAUACUGCCUUUUCAGGCCUAAAAGAGGAGGAUACAUCAUGCCUUGUUCUGGCUCAUUUCAAAGAAAAUGUCUGCCAUCUUUUUCUGUUUGUUUGUUUGUUCGUUCUUUCUUCUACUUGCCUUAUUGUUCGUACAAAACGUAUCGUUGAGUUGAUGAAUGUAUUGUGCUGUUACUACUUACUUGCCUGCGCUUGUAUGGAUUUGCUGUUUCUAUGUUUGGGGGACAAAGGGACGGGGGGACAGAAACCCUGGUUUAAAAAAAGAAUAAGAUUAGAUCAAUACUGUAUA